AUGACUUCCGGUGCCAAGCAAAUCUACAAACUGCAGUCUCUUCUAACAAGGAGUCAUACAGAUGUUCCGAAAGGACAUUUUGUGGUUUAUGUAGGUGAGAGAGAGAAGAAAAGGUAUAUGGUGCCUAUAACAUACCUCGAUCAUCCUUCGUUCCAGAACUUGUUACGGAAAGCAGAAGAAGAGUUUGGAUUUCAUCAUCCAAUGGGUGGUCUAACAAUUCCUUGCAAUGAGGAUGCCUUUGUUUAUAAUGAGGAAGAUAGAGCAGUGAUUUGCAGUUCUGAAGCUAAAUACAUAGAUAGCCUGCAUAUAGUUAACAGGCGAAUGGAAAGCCAACUCGACAGCAGUGACCUCAAGCCACUUAGAAAUGAACUUAUUACAUUUCAAAUGUG